AUGUCAUUUGUUCAUGCAAAGUGCACAGUAGAGGAGCGGAGGUACUUAUGGCGCAACUUAUUAGCUGAUAAGCCUAAUUCUCAUCCACGGUGCAUUGGGGGUGAUAUUAAUGUCAUAACGGCGCCGCAUGAAAAACGUGGGGGUCGUCCGUUUGCUAUAGAUGAGGGAGUGGAAUUGGUGUCAUUCAUGGAAGAGGCUGGGGUUCUUGAUGUAGGUUUUUCAGGAUCUAGCUUCACAUGGUGCAAUAAUCGGAGAGGUAGAGCUAGAAUUUUGAAGAGGUUAGACAGACUUCUAAUCAAUGGGGCAUGUUUGGAACUUUCCGCAGCCAUUUUCGUUACUCAGUUGGCGAGACAUCUCUCGGAUCACGCACCAUUGAAGAUUUCGUUUGUAUCUCGGUUAGAUAAUAAGCCACGGCCUUUCCGUUUCUUGAAUGUCUGGACGGCUAAACCAGAACUUUUGGAGGCUUGGAACAAGUACAGUUUUGGAAAUAUUUUCGAAGCUGUUCAAAAGACGGAAGUUGCGGUACAACUAGCAGAGGAAGUAGCAGAUCAAGAUGAUACCGAGGAGAGCCAAGUUGCGCUCAGGAAGGCUCAGGCGGAAUUACGCUAUGCUUUAUCCAUUGAAGAGCAGUUUUGGAGCCAAAAGGCUUGA